AUGAACUGCUGCAGUGAGCGACGGUGGCCGCCGCGAAGGAGCAGCAAGCUGACCUCUCGCGAUAUUCCUAACGGGACGCUGUGCAUCGCCCAUUCAGGAAAACCAUGUAUAAUAUACGUGCGGUCUGGUCAGGUCAAGAACCUGUCCUUGAUGUGUUAUGUAAGUGUCGGCAGCGAGAGUACGCCUAUUAUCGACUUCAUGACCCAGCGAAACAUGGAACUUCUCGAGGAGUACGACCCGGUCAUCAAUCCGACCGCCACCAAGGUCUUCGUCAACGGUGUCUGGGUAGGGACACAUAUGAACCCGCAACAGCUUGUGACGGUUAUCUUCACCGAUGCUGGACGUAAGCCUAACCGUGGCCACCUCGUAUACGACCAAACUUAUCUACAGAAGCUUCUUAAUAACUCUACAAGGGGACUUAUUCAUAACGGUGUUGUUGAAUACCUUAAUGCUAAGGAAGAAGAGACCGCUAUAAUACGCGACCUUAAACAAGGUGUCCAGCCCGCCCUAGAUGCAGACAAGAAGAACCGUCUAGGCCGCAUUAGGCCGAAACCAAACCCUACGGUUGCCAUCUACACGCACUGCGAAAUCCACCUGGCUAUAAUUUUAGGUAUUUGUGCCAGUAUUAUUCUAUUCCCUAACCACAACUAUUGCGUGGCUCUUACCAACUAUACGCUGCGCAUGGAAACUAUGAUAAAUGUUCUUUAUUAUCCACAGAAGCCGUUGGCUACAACGCGGUUCAUGGAGUAUCUAAGAUUUCGUGAACUACUCGCUAGUCAGAACGCCAUCGUGGCUAUUGCUUGUUACUCUAGUAUUAAUCGUAGUCUCUUUAGGAGUCUUUUCUACAGCGCGUACACGGAGCAGAAGAAGCGUAUUAGUGUUAACGUCUUAGAGCAGUUUAAGAAGCCUACGCGCGCUAACACUAUGCAGCUAAAGGCGGGCACAUAUAACAAACUUAACAACAAUAGUGUAGUUGCGCCUAGUAUCCGUGUUUCUAGUAACAAUAUUAUUAUUAGAAAGACGGCGCCUAUACUAGAAGAUGCUAAGAAGCUAGUUCUCUUUACUAACACUAAAGGUCUACGCUUCUUUAAGGUGCGCACACGAACUACAAAGGCGCCACAGAUUAGCGACAAGUUUGCCUCUCGCCACGGUCAGAAAGGUACAAUUGGUAUUACCUAUCGCCAGGAAGACAUGCCCCUCACUCGCGAUGGCCUCACGCCUGACCUAAUUAUCAACCCGCAUGCCGUUCCCUCGCGUAUGACCAUUGCCCACUUGGUCGGCGCUAUCAACGCCUCCGAAAGCGACGCAACGCCUUUCACAGACGUCACCGUCGACCAGAUCUCCAAACUUCUAGAGAAGGCUAAGCAUACGGGCAAGAAACCGCGCGCACAGGUUUACCUCGGCCGAACGUACUACUAG